UUCUUUGUGUGUGUGUGUGUGUGUGUGUUUUUCCGUCCUGAGCCGCAGCUGAAGAACCGGAACAUUCCCGGGUCCACUCGGACAUUAAAGUCCCGGCAGUGGCUCCGGUUCGAGUGUCCAGAUGACGGAGAGUCCGGACAGCAGCGUCCUGCAGCGGACACACAGCGGAACCGGGACCGGCCCGGCGGUGGUGAAAUUGGAGUCAGGUGUGACGAGUGUGUCAGGUGCGUCAGAUCUGACGCCGUCACAGAUCGCUGAGCUUCACUUCCUGCGUUCGAGGGUUCGAGAGCUGGAGAGAGAGAAGGCAGAGCUGUCGGCUGAGAACCAGAGACUGAAAAACAUGCUGGUCCACGAGAUCCCUGGGCUCCUGUCCACCAUGUGGCAGACGUUGGGCCAGGUCAACAGUCACCACUCCGUCUCCACGGCAACAGGCGGGAGCGACAGUUACGCGCUUUAUCACCCCCACACAGCGACCAAUCAGGACGGAGACUUUAGCCCUCAGGUCCAGGUUCAGCAGCUCCAGGAUGAGCUGAGUAGGGACCUGUCAGAGUGCUGGGGUCCGCUGGGCGCCGAGGACGACGAGGUCCCAGGAGGAGCAGACCUGGGCUUCGGGAGCCACAUGGGGGAGGUGGCACCGCUCUGCAGCCAGACUGACAUGGAGGAGCUGAGGAGGAGCUGCUCUGAGAGCCAGUGUACCGCCGGAGAUGUAACCGGACAGACGCCAUCUUGGCUCGGUUUCCUCUCGCCAAGAAGGGAGUCAUCGGCUCCGGCAUCAACUCCAAACUCUCUGAGAUCCGUUUUCGCUCCCGCAGAGCCAAUCGGGAUCCCCGGUUCCUCUGAUGGACAGCUGGAAAGCCCCACCUACCUCACAGAAAACAAUACGGAUCGUCCAAUGAGAAUUCCCCAGUGUGGAGCUGCUGGACCAAUGAGAACGCAGCAGUCUGGAGCAGCUCGACCAAUGAGCUGCUGUCAGACAGUUUAAUAUGAAACUCUGUUCAAGCUCAGUUUCUCCUCCAUGUACAACCAGAUGCUGGAUAGAUCUACUGUGUUCUACUGUCUCUAACAUGGAGGCAGCUGGAGCAGAGGAUGGACAGGACAGGGGGACAAAAGGACGAGAGGACAAGUGGACAAAAGGAAAAGAGGACAAGGGGACAGAAGGAAAGAAGGAUGGGAAGACAGGAGGACAAGGGGACAAGAGUAGAAGGGGACAGUAGAAUAAGGGGACAAGGGGACAAAGGGUCAAAAGGAAAGGGGGACACGUUGUGAUGUUUGUGUUGAUGUUGUCAUG